CGUCGAACACAUUUAAAGAUACGGAUCAAUAGAACUUGGAAGGGAAAGAAAGGUUUUAAAUAGAUUUUGAUCCUAAUUCCUAAACCUAAUUUAAUUUGAUUAUAAUAUUAUUGUUAAAGUUUCAAGUUUCUAGUGUCUACUCUUCAACGUGGCUUUGAUCCAAAUUCUAAACCAAAACUAGAGUUUGUGAUUCUGGUAUCCACGAACAUGGCGGCACGCCCCAACAGCUACAGCAACAAGACCAGAGCUUCCAAUGGCGGCGACAACACUACAAACCUUCGCUGCUAUCACUGCGCAGGCCCACUUUCUAAGCACAUGGAAACCAGUAGCUGGACCAUUCCGCCCCUCAUCAGGGAUAGCUUUUCUAUGAUCGGUUCUGCCGUUGGUGGCAUUACAAGUGCAUUUUAUGGAUUUAACCAUGUUAUGCCAGUUGUUCAGAGACACAUCAAAGGACCAAUGUGGGUGCAUUUUCUUGUUGGUGCACCACCUGUGAUAGUGUUCUCUUCAGCUUGUGCAGGACUGGCAGGUGGGGCUAUUCCUGCUUUGGCACAGCUAACUUCCUCAUCAUACCAUGCGGCAAUGUCACCGUCGCCGCCUUCGGAGGAAGAUAAGAUUCAGAAAUCAAGAACUUCCUCUGCUCUCUGAUGUGUAUACACACACAUGCAUCUAGUGCAUGUACUAAGUUUUGUAUUUGUUGUGGGAGUUUUUUUUUUAUUAUUUUUUCUUCUAGUGUAAAUACCGCUCUUUCAGUUUUAAAGCAACAAUAUUGUGUAGUUUUAUCUCCCUGAAAACUGGUUCUUGAGAUUAGAGAGAUUCUUUUCUCACAUGAUAAAUAAUUUCGAAAAGCAUGAUUGAAUUUAUUUAGACUAUUCAGGUAGUUUUUGUUUUCAGAAA